UUUGUUAGAUUAUUUCGUUAUAAAAAAUAUCAAUUUCGUUAUUAAAAGAUGACGAAAAUUAAGAAAGUAAAGCGUAGAAAGAAGUAUCGUGUGAAUGUAAAUCGAAAGAGGUUACGGAACAAAUUGGAAAAAUUACCCACAAUAGAAUGUAAUACCAUAAAACAAGAAUGGGAAAUUUCUAAAUCUACACGUACUAAUCUCAAUGAGAUGGGUUUGGCGUAUGAUCCUAAUGAAGUGUUACCAAUUCCUAAUGUAAAACGGGAUUUAUUAGAAGAAGCUAAACAAAAAUUAAUGUUAAGUGAUUUACAAAAUGAUAGUGAAGAUAACGAUGUAGAUACGGAAAACAAACCAGCUAAAAUUCAUGUAGCUCGAGCUUUAGAAAUCGAUGCUAAAACACCUAGGGAAAGAAUGUUUCGAUUACCUAAUGGUCAAGUACAUUUUAUCACUUAUUUAUUAGACAAAUAUGGUGAAGAUUAUAAGGCUAUGGCACGCGAUAAGAAGAAUUAUUAUCAGUUAACUUGGAAACAAAUUCGUGCUAAAAUAAAAACUUUUAAAGGUAUUCCAGAACAAUAUAAUGAAUAUUUAUCUAAGAAAAAUGCAACAUAAUGUUUAUUCUACCAAAUGUAGAAUUUCUGUAUUACUAUAAAAUACGAUAUUCUGUAUAAAAAUCUGUAUAUUUAUUAUA